UGUACCAGUAAAAAGUGUCGUUUUUUUCCUAUUUAACAACAGUUUAUCCAGUGUAUUAUUAUUUUGUUUUGUUAUCUCCUUUAUCCAUUUACUUUUUCAACCGUGACAUUACACAGAAAAAGGUAAAGGAACUUCAAGAUACGUUCCUGCGUAGAAUUAUAAACUAUAGUUUAUUCGAAAGUUUUCCUGUAUACUGACAAGUGUACGAUAAAUAGUGCUGUUGAGAACGGUGAAUUAAUUAUUCGCAUACAUUUUUAUGUAACGGUUAUGAAUUGAUUUCGAAUAAUUAUAAAUAGUAGAAAGUUUAAAGAUGUGCAAAACAUGCAACUUAUUGUGAACAGGAAAUCUUUGAAACUUGGAAGGUUGUAUCGUUUGUCAAAGUUUCAAUAACACGAAUCUUGUAUGGACUGUGAAGCAGUGCAAAAUGUCUUUUUUACGUGGCUCCGCAAAUUUUGUUUGGUGUACGACUAGUGUUCUUGGCAAAGGUGCGACUGGUGCCGUUUUUCAAGGUGUAAAUAAAAGUAAUGGGGAACCUGUCGCGGUUAAGACAUUCAAUCAGCUGAGUCACAUGCGUCCACAUGACGUACAAAUGCGAGAAUUUGAAGUCCUUAAGAAAGUAAAUCAUGAAAAUAUUGUUCAAUUGUUGGCCAUCGAGGAGGAGCAAGAUGGUCGUGGAACUGUUAUUGUUAUGGAACUUUCCACGGGGGGCAGCCUUUUCAGUAUUCUAGACGAUCCAGAAAAUACUUACGGACUGGCAGAAAGCGAGUUCUUGUUAGUCUUGGAACAUGUAACUGCUGGAAUGAAACAUUUACGUGAUAAUAAUUUAAUACAUAGAGACUUAAAGCCAGGUAACAUAAUGAAAUUUAUUGCUGAUGAUGGCACUACAAUUUAUAAGCUUACCGACUUUGGCGCUGCCAGAGAAUUACAAGAAGAUCAACAAUUUGUAUCUCUUUAUGGUACAGAAGAAUAUUUGCACCCAGAUAUAUAUGAGCGGGCAGUUUUACGUAAACCAGUUGGGAAAAUGUUUGGAGCAACUGUGGAUUUGUGGUCUAUAGGUGUCACAUUGUAUCAUGUAGCUACUGGAAAUUUACCAUUUAGACCAUUUGGUGGACGUAGGAAUAAAAGGACAAUGUUUUAUAUUACUACAAACAAAGCCUCUGGUGUUAUAUCAGGUGUACAAACUUCAGAUAAUGGACCAAUUGAUUGGAGCAGAGAAUUACCACAAAACUGUCAAUUGAGUGUUGGUUUAAAAAAAAUUGUUACUCCAUUAUUAGCUGGUUUAAUAGAAGUGGAUCCUCAGAAAAUAUGGAGCUUUGAAAAAUUUUUUGCAGAGGUUACAGACAUUCUUUCCAGGAAACGUGUACAUAUCUUCAAUGUACAUAAAGGAAGUGUAAUCAAAGUUUUCUUGCAUCCUGAAGAAAAAUUGAUGGCACUUCAAGUACAUAUUCAAAAUCAAACUGGCAUUGCUCCAGAUGCCCAGAUACUUCUUUGUGGUGAUACAUUUUUGACAAACAUUAUCGAAGAAUCUACUCCUGGGAAAGGUUACCCUAAUACAUCUCAAGACAAACCAUUGAUGUUAUUUUCCAAGGAAAAUAAUAAUGUCAUUUUGCCAGUGGAUGCAGAAUUACCUAAAUUUCCAGUGUUUGCAAAUUUGGUGUCCGUAGAAAAUGAUGCAAGUCAAGCAAAAGUGGCUUGUUCGGUUGGAUAUGUGUAUAAAAGAAGAAUUGACAAACUGGUAUUGUGUAGUAAGUUAUCGCGAGAUGCGAUAGAAGCUUUCAGUGGACUUGUUUCAACGGAACUUACAAGAUUGUUAGAGAAAUGCCAGCAUUCCAAAGAGUUCACAAAAGCUGUAGAAGAUACAGUAAUAGCAGUAGAAAGAAGUGAAAAUCUUGCUCAACAAAUUUCUAGAAAGUUAAAUCAUCAAAAUAGUUUAGAAAUAAAAAAUUGGAAAAAGGAACUAGAUACGAAGAGUAAAGAACUUCUAACUGAACUAUCCCCUGCAGUAAUACAGCUUCACCAGAGGUAUGUAAAAGAAGGUAGUUUACGCGCCGAAUGGGAUAAUAUUAUUCAAGGAUUAUGGUGCCCAUGGGCCAAUAAAGCAACUCAAAAAGCAACAACGUUGGUCGAUCGUUUACGGGAUGGUUGGCAACAUCUAUUAAGAGACAGAGCCACACGCAGCCUCACGUAUAAUGAUGAGCAAUUUCAUGUUCUAGAGCGAAUAAAGGUUACAGAAACAAGUCAGAGAAUAAAGGAUCUCCUUGAAACGUUUUGCACACCUUCAAUGAUAAAUCAUUCUGAAUGUGUUGCUGACUGGUACAAAAUGGCGCAAACCGUCUUCCUACAAACUCAAAUUUUGGAUAAAGAUGUAGACAAUUACGAACGUAUAUUAGAAACAUAUUCAUAUCGCUUAUCGCACGAAAGUAAAGAACGAUACGAGAACUUUUUACAUUUAAUAGACAGGCUACCGGGUAAAUUAAAAACUAUUGAAAAAACUAAUUUACCUGCUCAAGAAAGUACAAAAGCAUGGAAAAAUAUUUGCGUUGCGCAAGAAGGCAUUGCAAUGAUUUUAUAUAAAAAUGGACGGCUUAUAGAUCAGCUUAAUCGUUUGUCAACGCUUGAUGAUUUAGAGGAUACAGACGAUUCCGAGUACACGUCCCUUUAGCAAUUUAUCUUUUAAUUUAUUUUUUUUUUACAUUUAUGAGAGGAAGACUGACAACGUUUAUAGUAAAAGAAAACUGAUGAACGCGAAUAACGUAGAGUGUACUUUAAAGUUUUAAACGGAAGAUUUCCUUCUAAACAUUGCAAUCAUAUCUUUCGUAACAUUAUCUAUUAUUUUUAGCAUUACCUACAAUUAGUAUUUCCUUCGUGACACUUUUUUUUUAAGUGACAAUAUUUAUUUAGACAAUUUAUAGGAUAGAAGAAGCGUGAUUCAUUUUUUUCGGGAUAGGUAAAAAAUGUCCUAUAAAUAUUUAUGUAUUGUAAAUAGCGAUAUAUUUUAUGCGCGUAAGUUGUUUCUCUGUAUUUGUAAUAUAUAUACAAUGUUGGUAAAUGUA